GCAGCAACAAACCGAAUGCCCUCCGCAGCAGAGGCGCCGCCGGAGCCCACCGCCACCGCAUCCAUGUCCUCCUCGUCCCCCGGCUCCCGCGGGCAGGCUUUCUUCUCCGUAGACCUCGCCGCUGCCGCGCGACGCCUCCUCGCGUUCCUACGCUCUGCGCCGGCCGGCGGAGCCGUCGGCCCGCGGUCUGUGCGGAGGUACGAGGAUCUGUGGCUGCCGCUCGCGGCGGAGGCGACGGGUGGAGGAGGAGAGGAUCCGGCGAUGUUGGUGCCCCCACCCGACGUGCAGCUCAUCUGGCUCUGCCACUGCUUCCACCAUCAGAGCUAUUUCUCAUACUGCAUAUCGAGGUUCGGACGCCUCAUCGAUCGGCCUUCAAUACUUGAUGCUGAGAAUGAGGAGUAUGCUGCUGACUGUUGUCGGGACCUCUGGGCUGCACGCUAUCCAUUGGACCCGUUUGACCUUGACAACAAUGAAUUUGAUGGAAGCAAUUUGAAUGCCAUUGACAAUGACGAUGCUAAUAGUGAAAUUGUCAAGAUAGUUCAAACUUAUGCUGGCCUAGCAGCCCGCUUUGCCUCACCCUUUGUCUCGGAAGGCGUCUACCAUGUUGCUGCGAAACGGCGGUACAUGCGGUUCCUUGACCUCAUCAGAGAGGGUGUGUGCACAACCAGACAAGACACACGGCUCGUACCUAGCCUCGACAUAUUACUGAUGUGGCUUGCUCACCAGAGUUUUCCAGUGAGCUAUGCAACAGACAUGACAGCAAUGGCUAUCAGGGACAACGUUACGAAAAUGGUGGUCAGUUAUGGAGAGGUGGUGAGUGAGGAGGUUGUGGAGAGGACAAGGGUGUUGUGGGAACAGGCAUAUGAUGAGCCAUAUGAUCUUUCUGGUUCAGAGGUUGAUGCCAGAGCAGUUGACACAGCAAGGGAAGCAUUCCACUGGGACGCUGCAGCAUCAGAAGAGGACGCCAACCGGCUGUACAAGGGGUUGCAACCUAGAUUUCUAAUGGAGGUAUAUGUGUUCCUGAAAGGAGAAUUUGACAGCGAGAACAUAAGCAAAGAAUUUCUCCGUUUGCGAGCACAGAGGUGCUGCAGAUCAUUAAAGCUCGACAAACCGAUGUCCAGUUUAUCCUGCAAAAACUGGCAGAAAACAUGGCAUCUGUAUUGUGAAUUUGCAACCCGAGGUCUCACAAUUGAGGUUAGGCGCAGCACGAGUGGGUGCUUCAGGAAUAGCAAGAUCCUCAGGAACAUAUCAUUCUCAUGGAACGAUAUGUUGCAUGAGAAAUCACUUAUUCUUACAGGAGAGCUGGAUGCCAGGAUGAGGGUUAUGGCAUCAAUUACCCCUCCAAUUCAAGCACCUUACUUGUUGAAGUGCGUACCUGACAGAGUCACUGAUGAUGGUGGGGCCAUGAUUUCUGAUGUCAUACUGCGCAUGAGAAGUUACCGUCCGCAAGAAGGACGGUGGCUGACCCGUACAGUGCUUGAUUACGGUGGGAGAGAAUGUUUCGUCAUUCGGAUGAGAAUAGGCAGAGGAAUUUGGCGGAGAGGACCUGAAACUCCCAUGGCAGUGAAAUGGGAAGACAGGAGCAUUGAGGUCCGAGAAGGCUCAUGGUCCUACAUUGCAAGUGCAACAUCCGUUGGUUAUGCACCAGAAAAAGUGGUUGGCACAGCAACACCAACUAAAAAUCAACAGGAGAAUAAGGUGGUUUGGAAUUUUUCUACUGGAGAUGUACUGACAGUGUGGUUGGGAGAUGACCUGAACUUUCAACUACAAAAUGAGAGCCCAGAAGAAGAGGCAAGGCUGCUUGUAGGGAGAAGAUUGAGCUACAGCAUAAACAAGGAUAGCACAUCAUAUAACCAUAAUGAGGAGGAGCAAUACAUCACCCUAGUCCGUACAUCAGCAGAUCAUCCUGAUGGUAGAGCAACCGUGCUCCUUAAUUGGAAAUUACUUGCAGUAGAGUUCUUACCCCAAGAGGAUGCAGUUUUUGUACUUCUCUUAUGCAUGGCAAUCACACGGACAAUGACGGAGAUUAGAAGGGAAGAUGUGGCUGGGCUUCUGGUGCGACGAAGAAUACGUGAACCACAGGUAGGGCAGAGAGACUGGGGUUCUGUGAAGCUUCCAAGCUCGCCUUCCCUUGACCCUCACUUGCAGCCAUGGUAUCGGAAUGCGGUGCGUGUUUUGAGCUCUGCAGAGACUGUGCCUAACGGAGUGAUGCCCACCAAGUACUCACCUACUGAUGGCAAGGAUGAGCUAUACAGGCAAGCUCUUAUACCUUGAAGCCCUGAUGGAGAUAACUUUGUGAAGAAAAUGUACAGGACAAAUAAUGAUCUUGGGGCGCGUCUGAUUAUGGUUGUGAUACACGGCUUAUGAAAAAAGGAAAAAAUACAUGGCUAAAAAUGGCUUGAUUUCUUGUCCUUUAUUGUUUGUCGAUAGAUCAAAAUCUUCUAUUCCUUGGAGUGCAUUGUAAUUGUGAAGUAUACAAAGGAUACAUGUUCCAUUGAAAGAGUUCCAGAAGAUGUUUCAAACUUGCCUCAGAAAAUAUACGUUUCCCAUC